CAAAGGGAGAGAGAGAGAACCUAAUGCUUGCUUUGGAAAUAAGGCAUCAUCAAGCAAAAGACAGAUGAACGACGAGGCGCCAAGCUGGGCAGAUCAGUGGGGCACCGGCGGGAUCGGCGCAAUGGACGACCACCGCAACACCGCCGCCGACCAGGAUGCCGCCGGAAGCAAGUCGGGAUCCAAGAACGGCGGAGGCCUGUUCAGUAAGAUCAAGACAAGUGGCAUCAAAUGGUUCAAACCCAAAUCCAGUAAGAAGACAUCGACUAAUACUACUUCAACUACGACCUCCGCUUCUGCCUGAAGCUGGAGAGAGAG